CUCAGGCAGCAGGCGCCUCCCCGCCGCCCGGCAGCCUCCGCCCCACUCGGCGAGGGCGGCGGCGGUGGCAGCGGCUCCUGGUCGAGCCUCCCCGGCUGCCCUUGACACCAAUCCCCCUCGGAGCGGCAACAAAAAGCAGGCAGGGGCAGGUGGCGGAGAGGGACGGCGGCGCGCCUCCUCCUCCUCUUUCUUCCGCGCGCGGCCUCCCAGCGACUCCAGCCCGAGGCGGCCGCGGCGCACAAAAGGCCCCGCGUCUUUCGUGCCGCCUCUUUUCUUUCGCGGCGGCGGCGGCCUCUGCAGGCCACGUCAUGGGGAAAUAAAUAAAUAUCGCCCCAUUCAGCCAGUGGCAGCGAGCAGGAACCGGCGGCGGCGGCGGCUGGAAGAUUAGGACCAGCCCACCCAAACUAGACACACACAGAGAGGGAGACCAAGCCAGCCUACUUGUAAAGAUUAAAAAAUGCCGCCCGCAAUGACGCCACAGUACGCUCCCCCGGACGGUGGAUGGGGUUGGGUCGUGGUCUUUGGCAGUUUCAUCUCCAUUGGAUUUUCUUAUGCAUUCCCUAAAGCCAUCACAGUCUUCUUCAAGGAGAUACAGGAGAUCUUCGGCACAUCAUAUAGCCAGAUAGCUUGGAUAUCAUCGAUCAUGUUGGCUGUCAUGUAUGCAGGAGGCCCCAUAAGCAGCGUCUUGGUGAACAAAUAUGGCAGCCGGCCAGUCAUGAUUGCAGGCGGGGUCCUGGCUUCAUUUGGAAUGAUUAGCUCUUCAUUCUGCAACAGUGUCCUAGAGCUUUAUAUCUGCAUAGGUGUCAUUGGAGGUUUGGGCUUGGCAUUCAACUUGCAGCCAGCUUUGACAAUGAUUGGCAAGUAUUUUUACAAAAAACGCCCCAUUGCUAACGGACUGGCCAUGGCUGGGAGUCCAGUGUUUCUAAGUACUCUGGCACCUCUCAAUCAGUUUCUCUUCAAUGUUUUUGGCUGGAAGGGAAGCUUCCUCAUUUUGGGAGGGCUUCUUUUGAACUGUUGCGUGGCCGGGUCUCUUAUGAGGCCCGUCGGACCCACACCAGCCCCUGCGGUCAAAAAAGACGUAGAAAAGGGGAAAGGAGAUUCUGCUUUGCACAAGAACGACAAGAAGUCCGUUUGGCAAACCAUCAACACAUACUUAGAUCUCUCCCUCUUCAAACACAGAGGGUUUCUGAUCUACCUAUCUGGAAACGUCAUCAUGUUCCUUGGCUUUUUUGCCCCCAUUGUAUUCUUAGCUCCUUAUGCCAAGCACAAGGGGAUCGAUGAAUAUUCCGCUGCGUUCCUCCUCUCCAUCCUGGCUUUUGUUGAUAUGUUUGCCAGGCCGUCCAUGGGCUUGCUCGCAAACUCCAAAUACAUACGGCCCAAAAUCCAAUACUUCUUUAGCUUUGCCGUUUUGUACAAUGGCAUCUGCCACAUCAUGUGCCCGCUGGCCGAAGACUACACAGGCUUGGUUGUGUACGCAGUGCUUUUUGGACUUGCCUUCGGCAUGGUGAGCAGUGUCCUUUUUGAGACCCUCAUGGAUUUGGUUGGUGCUAGCAGGUUUUCCAGCGCUGUAGGACUCGUCACCAUUGUGGAGUGCUGCCCUGUUCUUCUAGGCCCUCCGUUGGGAGGUAUGCUGGUGGACAUAACGAAAGAUUACAAAUACAUGUAUUUUGUCUGCGGUGUCAUUGUCAUCGUUGCAAGCAUCUGGCUAUUUAUUGGGAACGCGAUCAACUACAGACUUUUGGCAAAGGAGAAGAGAGCGGAAGAGGAGAGGCAGAGAGCCCUCAAGCAUGCCGAUUCCAAGGAAGUGGAGCCCUUGACCCACAAAGAGAGCGAAGAGACGGUCAGCAGAUCGAGCAAACUGCCAGAAAACCCGUCAGAAAGAGAAACUAAUAUUUAAUGCGCGCACACAAACGAAAAAGAGAUGUGGUUCAAAUACUCAUAUUUAUAACUUCCAUUAGAAGUAUUUCUUCAAAGUACAGGCCAGGUUUUAUAGAAAUAAUAAUCAGUUGCAAUUCUGAAGGGGGGGGAGGAGUUUGCAGAACAUAAAAUAAAACCCGUCGCUUAGAUCCCAAUCCUGCCCCUUCCAUGGAGAGAGAGAGAGAGAAGGUGCAGAAGGAUUCGCCGUAGAACAUCAUAAUUUCUCUCUUUCCCACUGUGCUGCCCCAGAAAAAGGUAACCAUGGUGCAUUUAGAUUAUCUGAAACUCUUGUAUUUAGGGGGGGGGGUUGGGGGGAGCUCUUUAGAAGGGAAUGCUUCAAAAAGUGGUAAGCUAGAUCUGCUGCAUUUGGGACCCCUCCUGCUCAUUGGUAUUCAAGCCUGGCCCUCGCAGUUUCAAUGGCUGUAACAUGGCCAACCACUCACAGCUAAACGAAGCCUUUCUGCACCUUGCCUGAAGCAUCUAGCACCUUGAAGCUCCUCAGAUGCAAAAUAUGUAUCCACCAGCAGUGCAGAAGUAGCACGGUGCAGCAAAGGCGUAGGUUAUGCUGUAGUCCUCUGUGGAUCCAGACCCCAUUCUGUUCUCCGUACAGGGACGGAAUAGGAUUGAGGCAUUAUAUUGUGUUUUGUUUUGGUGUCAAAAGUAUUAGGUCUCCUGUUUUUAACUUGGUGUGAGUGAGUCCGUUCAACUGCUGACUCGAAUCAGGGUAGAACUUGGACGGCAAGGUCUUCCAAAAAAAACCAAACAAUUCCUGCUACAAACAUGUGUCUAAUGCAAAAAUAGGUGGUUGUCUAGGAAUGGAAAACAAAGGUCUUAAUCCUUCAGAUAUUGAUCAAUUCCUAUUGACCUCUUCGCAUGGUAUGUUUUGGGCCAGAAGGUGGAAAGAGUGUGAAAACAUGAUUUUAAAAAUGAAAGGUUACUGUUAACAGCUACCUGAGCAAAAAGCGCACAAAGCAAAUUACUCUUUCAUAGGGAACUUUCAGUGGAUCAAAAGCCGUUUUCUUUCUGAUCAAAUUUUACUAUGUGGAUUUUCAAGGACAAACGAAAUCAGAUACAAGAACUGGUAGGUUUUAUUGCUAAGCGCAAUAGGUGUUUUAAUUGUGGCAAAUAAAGGGUCAUUUCCCUCUGCUGUAAUAGAUUUGACACUGAAAUAUUUACAGCCUGAUCCUAAGACUUGCAAAAUAAUACUUAGGAUGGGUUGUGUCCAACUGCUGCAUUGUUGCAAUAUCACAAAUACGUAGAUAUGCUGGCACAGACGUUUAGGAUCAGGGUAUAACUUCUGAACAACACGUUGCCUUGUGCUCAUCACUGUAUUCCAGACAUGUUUGAAAUCUGCUUUACAUUUGUAGUUGUCACUGCCACUUUAUCCAGUUACCUCUGUUCUUGAGACCUUGGACUCAAAAGUGUAUUUAGAUACACAAAACUGACCCAUGCUAACAAAAUUCCUGCCAAGUAGGAGUUGGGGCGAAUCUAUACUGGUUGGUUAUAAUGUUAAAAAUACGUUAUAAAAAUGUGACACCAGAGGGUGCUGCAGAGCAGCGAUCCAUUGGCAAUGGGAAAUUGCAUUGAGAGCUAUGUAACUUUUUUAUAGCGUUUAAUAGCGUUUUUCCAGAUCAGUGUAGAUUCCAGCCUUAGUCCUUUACUACUGUAGACCAUGUGUGCUCAGGCAUUCAUAGGGCUAACAGGGACCAGAUAAAAUAAAUGUGGGAGCUGCAUACAGUCUAGUUGGCUGUCAAUAUCAGAGACAGUAAGCUUUUUCGUCUCUGUAGGUAGAUCAAAUUAUUUGAAGGCCAAAGAAAUCUUCUGGCGGUUAUCAGUUCCUUAUGGACCAAGUUGGUCCGGAGAUUCAAAGCAAGUCAGUUGUUUCAGCCCAGUGUCCACAGAAAUGUACCUAUUGGUCAUGCAGAACAUUUCCCAACACUGAUGAAAUUGAAGAAGCACCAGAUCAGGUCAAAGUAGUAUGUAUUGCAGCUGGUGUGUUUGUCAGUCUUGGCAAAGGAAGUCCUCAGCCUCAUCCCAGCUGCAUUUCUGAACUCAGUCUGGCCAAUGCAUCCCCUUCCAUAAGCCCCUUUCAAGUCAACAGUGCAUGUGGCCAGAUCCUUCUGCCAUUUCUAAUACCAUGAUGGCAAUGCAAAGCAAGACUGUCAAUGUUGCGUCGGUGCAGAGUAUGAGGUGAAACGUGUGUUAUGCACUAUAGCGGGGUCAAGCGUUAUGUCCUGCAGAACGCCACUUUAACUUUAUUUCAGUCUUUCAUCUUUAACAGGCAUGACCAACCCCCAGGAGAUUGCAGUCUACUUCCAGUAUAACAAAACUGGCAGUGAUCUACCCAUUGUCGUUGCCAAGAGUUGCUGACCUUUAUUUAAGGGGAGAAUGGAGGAUUCUACAGAGUUGUUUAGCUUUUGGGGGGGAUCACAAUCGACCUGUAUUGCCUCCACGAUCAACUGGUAGAUUGCAGUCAACCGGUUGGAUGUGCCUGAUCUGUAAGGUCCUAUAAAACCCAGUAUUUGAUCUGCAUAUAGAUAUGCUGUUAUAUUUUCCGUAGAAAAUGAAAACGAGCCACCAAUUUACAGUUUGCUCCCCACCCCCAUUAUGCCUGCAAAAGACAGCCAUUCUUUCAAAGAUGGACAAGGUGAACUGUAAUCCUUGUGCUUGAGAUACGCAAAACAUGCUGCUUAAACCAAGAACCAAAAAAGUAGAGUGCCCUCUCCAUUCUGUGCCCCUUUAGCAUUGAGUUUAACCUUUCUGUCCAGGAGAGGGGUGGAACAAAGAGAGACUUGUUUUAGCUUCGUGGAAGCAACAGCACCCAACCCUGUUUUUAAUAUGGAUCACACUCGGGCCUGUUUGUUUCAGCCGGAACUUUCCAGAACUCAGUUAUGGCACCUCUCAGGUGGUUGCCAUUGCCAUCCUAAGAGAAUGAGCGCUGGUCACACCCAAACAUCAGUUCACAAAUGGGGGGGGGGCUUUGAAUGAAUAGGCAGGAUGGAGCAAAGGUGGUGGGGGGGGUUGUCCUAUGGUAUAGCCCCUCUCCACCUGUAAUCUGCUAUACCAGCAACUUAAUUGAACAGCAGACUAUCCUACACAUCCAAUGAGACUUCUUUUUAAAGCAAGGAUGGCUUCAGUCCCAUACUAGGAAAAUGUUCUUCAUUAUGACAGGUGGAACCAGGGUGAAGGGUUGUAUAUUGCAGGGGUCCUAUUUGGGAUUACAAUGAAUCUUGUACCAACAUCCAUGGACUCCCUAUCAGUCAUGAAAAGGCCAACCACUCUCAGAGCUGGCGGUCGUGUUUUUGUUUGACAGGAAUAUUUCCCCCAAAAUGCAAAGCUCUAUUUUCCCCCUGGUUGAGUGACUAGGAGUCACUCACUUACAUAAGAAAAAUUGUAGUGGUGUCUUCAAGGACAUAAUUGGGACGAGGGUUCAAUAUGAUGCUUGUUGACCCCAGAUUCUGGGGUGAGAGACCGGUUUCACCUCUCCACUCUGCUGUGCUGUAGGCCAUUUAUUUUAUCCCAUAGAACUCAAUUAGCAGCCUUUAAAAACCAAGCCAAACUUUAUCUGCAUAGCCCGACCCUUCACCUAUUUACAUAUAUACCUUGGGUUCCUUUGCUUGAUGUGACACAUAAAUAUAUAUAGAUGGUUGCCACUUUUCCCUCCAUAUUAAGCCAUUAUUCAUAGUUAAGCACACAUGGUAUAAAUUAAGUGCAUUGCUGUUUAACAUUACCUGCCUGCAAGGAAAAUGGUAAAUUUUUUUAAUAAAAAAAAA